AGGGGAGUUCGAGGCGAGUUGCUGCGACCAGGCGAGACGUCGAGAGGCUAAGGCGGAGUCUUCUCUGCCAGAGUGACCUGGUCACAACAACUCACCCACUCAUCCACCCACUCAAACACUCAUCCACCCACUCACCUACUCACCCACUCACUCACCCACUCUCACAUUCAACCACCCACUUCACUCACCACACACUCCAGGUCACUGCCAUUCCCUCUCCCAUCAUCGUCGUCAUCGUCCCUUGAACCCACGCUCUCCAUGACACAGUAUUACAACUUUCACCGUGCUGUGUGUUGCUGACAGCUUGGCGUCUUGGACCUUGUGACCCGUGCGACCGUUUAAAAAAUUAUAUAAUUCGUUUUUGCGAAACACUGUGGCCUUAAAAACAUAAAUAUAUGCGACGUUUCGGGAAGUCACCAUUUCCAGUAAACGUGCCGUUCGACCAACGUCGCCGCAACGUUCACUUGGUUCAUCACAGCACGUGGUGUGUGGUGUGCUAUGAAGAAGGGCCAUUGCCCGAAACGUCGCCUAUUUUGUUUUAUAAUGAGGCCACACAACACUGCUGUUGGCGGAUGUGUUGAGAAGAGCGGCCUCCUUCCUGCCGGCGGUCACGGCCCGUGGCGUCACCGUUGCCAGGCGACCGCGUGGCGACUCGCCCCGCCCGCCCGCACGCCGCCGCUCGAGGGCUCAGAGGGCGGUGGUGGUUGUGGUGAUAGUGGUGGUGGUUGUAGUGGUGGUUGUAGUGGUGGUUGUGGUGAUAGUGGUGGUGGUGGUUGUAGUGGUGGUGGUUGUAGUGGUGGUUGUGGUGAUAGUGGUGGUUGUGGUUGUAGUGGUGAUAGUGGUUGUCGUGGUGAUAGUGGUGUUGGUUGUAGUGGUGGUUGUGGUGGUGAUAGUAGUGGUGGUCGAGGUUGUGGUGGUAGUGGUUGUAGUGGUGAUUUACGAGGUUGUGGUGGUAGUGGUGGUCGAGGUUGUGGUUGUAGUGGUGGUUUACGAGGUUGUGGUGGUUGUGGUGGUAGUGGUUGUAUAGUGGUGGUCGAGGUUGUGGUGGUGGUUUAUCCACUUCCCCUGCUGCACGUUGGACCACACGAGUUUUGACGCCCCCACGCGCUUGACCUCUCCGCUCGCGACCCGCCACUCAGACGUGGCCGUCGGGAACGUUGCUGGCCCUGUCAGGUGCCGUGCGGGUGACGGGGGCUCAACUCGCGCCGCGCUCUCAAAGUCGUCAGCCGCGCCGGGAGAUCGAACCGAAGCACUGCAGGGUGGACAGCAGCACGGGGAAUUCCUGAGCUGAGGUCAUCGCGAUGUCAAGCCCAGGCGACGCCGAGGAAGACGUCACAUCUGGCCUCGCGGGUCUGGGCUGGGAGGCGGCCGCGGGGACCGCAGAAGGGGACGGGGAGGCCCCCGGGGAGGCCCGCAGGCUGCAGGGCCACGCCGCUGCCCUCUGCGUGGCCGCCGGGCGCCUGGCCGCGUGGCUCAGCCGGACGCUGGGGUCCAUCGAGCGCACGGCCGUGCCCGGGAGCCACGUGAAGGGGAGUGCCCCCUCUUCGAACCCCGGGCCCCUGGUGUCCAUCUUGGGCUGCGGUCGCUUGGGCCGCGUGCUGGCCCGGGCCCUCCUGGACGAGGGUUGUCUGGACCCCACGCAGCUGCUCGUGUCCACGCGCCGCCCACACCUGCUCAGAGAUCUGGGAGCGCGCGGCGUGCACUGCUGCUACGACAACGCCCUCGCGGCCUCGUCCCGGCCACCCCUGCUGCUCCUGUGCGUGCUGCCCUCGCAGCUGGACGCGGUGGCGGCCGACAUGCAGGGCCUCCUGCACUCGCGCAGCCUCGUGCUGUCGUUCACGAGCGCCGUCCCCCCGCCCAGACUGAAGCAGCUCCUUGGGCACGGCAGGGUGAUGAAGCCGGAGUUUGUGAUGGACUGCGUAGGCCAAGAUGACUGCCACACACAGCUGGAAGCAGGUCCUGGACUCAGGCCAUCACCCAGAGUCACAGACGGGCCACCUAAGGCUCCCACGUGGGGCCACGUCGCGAGGCCGAACCCCAGAACGCUGGAGCUCUGCGCCUGCGCCGCCCUCGACGCGUGCGCCACGCGAGGCCUCCCAGCCACGUCGGCCGCCACCCUCGUGGCUCGGGCCUUCGCGGGCGAGGGCCAGGGCUUCAGGGUGCGGCCGGGACGGAGCGACGGCGGCGGCGGCGACUCCGCACCAAGCCCUGCGUGCGCAGCCUCCCUCAUGCCCGACCGGCAGCUGCCCCACGCUGAUCUGGUGGUGGCGUGGGCGACAGAGAUGCCCCUGUCUCUCUGGCUGGGUGGGCACCCAUCGGCGCAGGAGCUUCUGCUCUCUGCUCUGCAAGGGGAUGGAAGUGGUGGUGGUCAGGUCUGAUGUGCGCCGAGAGAGCAGGCGAGGGUGAGAGUGCGGAGGAGCGGAGCACGUGGAUAAAAACACGCACUCAUAUAACUGGUUCUGAACGGAGUAGGUGGAUAAAAAUGCACUCGCGUGGCCAGGCUGCGAAGCGAUACAGAGUUCCUUUGUAAGGCACGCAGUCAUAAUGAGGGGGACUACUGCAGCACGCUGCUUCGGCAGAUUCAGUGAAAUUUGCACUCAUAAUUAUGGAUGCUAUGAAGUUGCGCACGAUGAGGAAGGGGAUGGGGUGCAGGUUCGAUAAACAAUUCCCAUCAGCUGCGCUCGGUCACUGAAGCACAUGAGACCCAUGCUGCCAGCCCCGGUCGAACGGGUUUGGCCAAUUCAGCGACUGGCAUCAAGAGCCCAAACGCGCUUAUCUGAAACUCAGUGGACUCUACAAGAGCAGGCCGUAGCCCAGGCAAUAACAUGACAGUGCAUGUUGUAUGAACGAGGUCUCGUUGCAAGAUCACAGCACACUCCGUCACAUUCUGCGGUCCAGGUUAGGGAUGGUGGAAUAUGUUUAGCACAUUGGCUUUUGCGACCAAUAUUAUCCAUAAAAAAAUUUCUUUUUCUGGCUGUCACUUGACGAGGCUGGUUUUUGUAAUUGUAGCGACUGUACUUGUCACUGUACGGUGUCGGGCUUGCGAAGUCACGGCCGGUAAUGUGAUUACGGGCAGCCUGGGUUAUGGGCUGCAGUACCAACUCUAGCGGUGGUUGGGUGAGCGCUGGUUAGCGUAGAGGCACCGCAAGCAAUGUGCGGUGCCGGCUCCCAGCGAGGGAGCGAGAGGGAGUGUCAGCCAGCCAGGGUUACUCUGGGGCACGACACUCUGGCUGACCUGUUGUCACGUGACCGGACGAUACUGGAGGGGGGGGGCCACCGGUGGACGGGGGCCGAGGCGCGGUCACGUGGUCCCGAGGGGCUGUCGGGAACAUUCGAGAAGGAGCUCGAGAAGCCUGGAAGGUGGGCGGGGCUAAGGGCGGAGCUGAGGGCGGAGCCAGCCCCAGCCCGGGGCAUCUAACGAGAGCUAUGCGAGGAGCUCGAGGUUCUUUAUGUGUUGGUGUUCGAAGAUCCACGUCGGGGAGAAGAAGCCUCUAGCCAUGCGGUCCGGGACCCAGUUUGUGGUCCGGACCGGGAUAGCGACCCGUGUCUAGUUCUGCGGUAGCGUGGUUAGAUGGUCAUUCAAGACCAGUGGCGGCUCCUGCAAAAUCUCUCAGGGGGGGCAAAUGUCUGGAUGAUUGAUAAGGAUAAGGUCCACCCAUGCAAUUGAUAAAUUAACAGCUUAAGCAUGUAAAGGCAACUUCACUUCUUUAAUAUUAAUGAAAAAUAAAGUGACUCUUACAAUA